AAUAAUCUUUGCUGCUUUAAAGCUGACACUACUUUAUCGUCAGGGUUUUGUGAGGAAUUUCAUGGCGACAUGACAGACAACACUGUCGCUCGCCGCCAUGGUGUGUCACCCAGCUAACUUUGGAGGACUCUCAUAUAAUGACAGUGACAUGGAUUCAACCUCAAAAACCAUGUAUGACGCACUAAAAGAUGAAAUAUGGGAAGAGCUGGGACCCCUCGACCCCAACUGGUUUGAUGCGCUGAUGGUUAAAACUGAUGAGGAAAAUGUUUCUGAACAAGACAACUUGCGCACCUUUAACCAAGACGGACACUUCAAAGCACCAUUUGAAAAAACUGCAGUGGACAGCCAGUUGUUUUCAACCCCCAAGAUUUUCAGACACGGUGGAGUUCAGUCACCUGAAACAGAGGAUGAGCAGUUCUUCUCUGCUGAGCAAGAAACGGAAAGAUCACCUUGGACAGUUGCAAGUCCAUGUUUGUUUGGGACAGCAAAAGAGGGAAUGUCAGAACCCAAAUCAUAUGGACAUAUGCAGUUUCAGAAUGGUUUUGCCCUGCUCGAUACACCUCAGAAAACUUCAGUUGACUUUGCACAGCAUAUAUCAGAAAGUCUUGGUGCACAGAUUCAUCCUGAUAUAUCGUGGACCAGUUCACUGAAUACUCCACCGGCUGUGCCAUCCACCCUGAUUUUGUCUAAAAAUGAGGAAAGUCCCUGUCCCGCGAGCCUUUCUGCAGAAAAAAAUGUUAUUUUUGUGCGGAAGCUUUUCCCUUCACUUACAAAUGAAUCUGGAGUUCCAGCGGUGUCACCUAACACGAACGAGGGGCCCUCUGCUCAUCAAGCUGUUGAUUCCCCUGGGCCGGGUCAGGAUAGAAACUCCCAUGAAUCUACAGAAAGUUCACUGAACCAGAGUAACAGUGACUGGAAGCAGACACUACCAGAUGCCAUUGAGGAUGGAGAAAUUCGCAGCACAGUGGCCCGUGUUCUUGAUGGAGCUGAAAAUGUGCUUUCCAUAUUCUUCACUAACAGUAGCUCAGCACUGCGAAGAGUGAAAACUGACAGAAUCAAAAGGAAGCAGAGCUCCUCAACCAAAGACCAUAGCUACAGUUCUACAAAUAUCUCGACAACAAACAGUGUGGGACCCAGUGAAAGGACUGCUGAACAGAGAACUGAUGAUCUGGAAGUUGGCAGAGUUCCUUCAUCCCCACACUUGAAAAGUCAGGUGAAAGCUGGAAAUAGUGGGAACACGCAGUGGUCUCCAUUGAGUUUAUCUGAAAUUUCUCACUGUGCUGUGGAUACGACUAGCCAGGUUGAUGCUGCUAAACAGAUAGGAUCCAGUGUUACAGCAGAACAACUUGGAAGUGACUCUGUUUGUGGCCAACUAGUCAGGCCAUCACUCAUAAACACAGACUCCAUGUUUACUAAGAAAAAAAGAAGAUUUGUUUACACGAUUCAGAGUGCCAAAUCCCAUCUGCAAGGAAAAGACAUGUCAACUGAGAUGGAAUCGUCACCAGGGAAUCCAGUCUUAGAACAAGAGCUUUAUGUUACAAGGAUGGAAAAUGCCCCAGAUGAAGCACAGUGUUAUAAUAGGAGCAAACAAUCAUGUGAUGGGAUACAUGAGAUGCAAAAACAGGAAAAUGUGGCCAAAGAAUAUCUAUCUCCAUCUGUACCAACAAAAAGCCAAGAUCUUGACAUGUCACAGCUUUGCAGAGCUUUUGCUCAAGAUUUCACUCCAGUCCCAGACAGCAGUAAACUGAGCAACGUGGAAGAUACACAUCGGAAUGGCUUCUCUCCAUCAGCAUGCCUGUCUGCCUUGAGACAAAGAAAUAAGCAAAAAUCAGAUGAAAGGGUCCCUCACCUUGACCGUAAUGGCAUCAGUGACAAAGGAAAUAUGCCUUCCACUUAUCUGAGGAAGUCUAAAACCGAUAGCACAGUGAGUGACAGUGGCUUCCAAUCUUUUAUGGCAGAUGUCACUCCAAUGACUGCAUCAUCAUCAGUCCUUCCCAGCAUAGAGAGAGGUGCUGAUAGUCAGCCAUGGCCUGGUUUUAAAACUGAGAUCCACAGGACUGCCCCUUUUGAGUCUGCAACUCAAGAGAAAGGAAUGGACAAUAUGAAUAGACCUGCCGCUGCUGCUGAGUUGUCUACCAGGGUAAUCGAGCAGAGCCAGACAGUAGACCUUGGCACUGAGACAAACUUGCAUACAGAGGGUGCAUCUAGCAGUGCCAAAGCAAUUGUUAUUGAGAGAAACUGUAUUCAACAGAAUUGUCAAGUUCCUGCAAGUGUACAACCACAAACAGUUUCUGUUCUGUCUGUCCAUGCAUCAGGAUUCAAAACUGCUUCAAAUAGAGGUGUAAAGAUUUCCAAAGUCAACUUGGAGCGAGCCAAGAAUCUAUUUAAAGAGAUUAAUGCUGAAACCUCAAUUGGCCAUCAACCCACCAGAUGUAGCCGCAACACUGAAGAUGAAACUGACAUCAGUCAUAUAUCAGUGGAAAGCAUCUCUAACUCAAACCAUCCACCCUCCACAAGUGGAAAGUGUGGCGAUCUCCACUGUCCUUUGACAGCUUCACAAAAAGCUGAUGUCACAGAGCUGUGCAGUCUUUUGGAAGAAGCAGAUAGCCAGUUUGAAUUUACCCAGUUCAGAACUGCAAAGCAAAACCAACACUCUAAAGAUAAUGCAUCCCUUUCCCAAACAGCCGACAAAGACCUGGACCCCGAUUUUCUCUCAGGUAUAGAUUUUGAUGACAGCUUUAGUUCAGAUGCUGAAAAGCAUGUGGCAAAGACAAUGACACCCAACAAAGUGACCUCAAUUUCCCACUGCAAAAUGGAUUGUACAGCACCCAGCAUCAAAAGUAAAUCCAGCGGAACAUCACUCUGCAAUGUGGUUAAAAAAGAAAAUCCCUCCUCUGGACAUGCCUUUUCCAGACAUAUGUCUGAAGGCCUAGCUGGUACAGCACCGACUAAACUCCAAAGUAAUUUUAACAUAGCUGGACACACUGAAGCAGUCAAGCCUGAGAACAAAAACCCUUCAGUGUUUGGUGUGGGUUUUAAAACUGCUGGAGGAAAUGUUUUGAAAGUUUCAAAUAAGUAUCUGAGCAAAGCAAGAGCUUUGUUUGCAGAUUUAGAGGAGAAUCCUCUGACUAUCUCAGACACUGGUGACAGCAGUGAUAUUGUGACAAAAAACACUGAAGAAGUUCAGAAAUUACCUCAUCAGCAAAAAAAUUGUGAAAUUUCUGUGAAAGCCAACCACCAACACAAUGUGGAUAAUAGCACUGACAACGGUGACUUUUUGCAUAGCAAAGAAGACUCUAAAUUCACAGGUAAUCAUGAUCUUAACACCCAGGAGAGAAUUCAGGUCUGUUUUUCAGAUGUGCCAGAAUCACCCUUUUUAGACAGACAUGUCCCAGAUAUUCGAACUGCUGAACACGCUACAAAAAUGUCCAAGCUUGAAAACAACAAAAUGGAUACAAGUUCCUGUCAAAGUGGGUUCCAGAUGGCCAGUGGAAAAGGGAUCAGUGUCUCUGCAAAAGCUAUUCAGGAGGCCAGUGCUUUCUUCAAAGACUGUGUUGCUAUAGACAGUGAGGACUGCAUGUCAAAACACAAGAAGCACAUAACACCUGUGACUGGAAUGGUCACGGCUAAGAAAAACAUUUCUAACUUUAAAGGCGUGAAAGUGAACAUUUGCGAUGAAUCUGUUAAUGGAGGCACAGAAUUUGAAAAUGUGGAUGCUCAAACAUUUGCAGAGAGACAUAAAGAAGAUGAGCAGAUACUCAGUGGUGGCUAUAAGAAUACAUUGUCUUUGACUAAUUCAGUUUCCUUCAAUGGAAGACCAUCUUUGAUAGCAAAGCAAAGCUCUUCCCUUUUGUAUUCAUCGUCAAAGGAUGCUGCAUUUUCAAAUAAUGGUGAACUGAGCAAUGCCAAAGGUUUUUGCACACCUAGUGGAAAGAAAGUGUCUGUGUCUGAUGACGCAGUGACAAAAGCAAAGUCUCUUUUGAGUGAAUGUCAUACAUUUGAAGACAGAAGCAAACAUAAACAGACAGCAGACUUGAGAGCCGGUUGUCAAACCAGUCCAAUUCCAACUUUACCACCACAAAAUGGUGGAUUUCAGACAGCCAGUGGUAAGGGAGUUGCUGUUUCAGCUGUGGCCCUAAAGAAAGCACAAGCCCUGUUAAGUGAAUAUGAUGGUGUUGAGGAUGAAAAGGAAGUAAGACCGGAAGUAAGACCAAUACUGCCCAACAAUCCAAACGCUGAUCCACCACCAAGGAAUAAUGGUUUUUGCACAGCUAGUGGAAAGAAAGUGUCUGUGUCUGAUGAUGCAAUGACAAAAGCAAAAUCUCUUCUGAAUGAGUAUGAAGGAUAUGAGGGGAGAAACCAACAUCAACAUGCAGCAGACUCGAGAGCUGGUUGUCAAACCAGUUCAGUUCCAGCUUUACUACCACAAAAUGGUGGAUUUCAGACAGCCAGUGGCAAAGGAGUAGCUAUUUCAACCAUGGCUCUGAAGAAAGCACAAGCCCUGUUAAGUGAGUAUGAUGGUGUUGAGGAUGAAAAGGAAGUGAGACCAAUACCCAACAAUCCAAUCUGUGAUCCACCACCAAAGGAUAAUGGUUUUUGCACAGCCAGUGGAAAGAAAGUGACUGUGUCUGAUGAUGCAAUGACAAAAGCAAAAUCUCUUCUGAAUGAGUAUGAUGAAUUUGAGGACAGAAAUCAACAUAAACAAAGAGUGGACACUGUAAGAACCCAUCAUCUUACCAAUCCAGUUAGAGCUUCAUCACUACAAAAUGGUGGAUUUCAGACAGCCAGUGGCAAAGGAGUAGCUGUUUCAGCUAUGGCUCUUAAGAAAGCAAAAGCGCUGUUGAGUGACUAUGAUGGAGUUGAGAAUGAAAAGGAAUUACUACCAAUGAACCCAAACACACCAAUUCAUGAGCCACUGCCAAGGAAUGGUGGGUUUUCUGCCGCCAGUGGCAAACCUGUAGCAUUUUCAGCCAAGGCACUCCAGAAGGCUGAAGCUCUUUUCAGUGACAUCAAUUCCACUACAGAGACACCAGCUGUUUCAGACACAUGGAAUACUGAUUCAAACCAUGAAGAUGCUUCUAAGAUUGCAGAGAAAAUACAUUGUACUUUUACAACGGCAAGGGGAACAAAAGUGAAUGUCUCUGAGAAAAAUCUUUUGAAAGCAAAGAACCUGCUUAAUGAAUUUGUUGAUGCUGAGUGUCCAGAUUCUGUAAUUACUCCAAGGUCUUACUCUGCAGGCUCAUUUGACAUCCAUAAAUCUGAGAUACACAAAGUGAAUAUUUGUAAAAUAACUUCCACUUCAGAUCUUAACACAACCAGUCAGAAAGAUAUGGUUGUUGAAGAAAUUGUCCCUCAGGUUGUUAUUACUCUUCUCUCCGAGGCUGACCUUGCAAAAGAGGCUUUUAGAAAUUCAACUGAGGGUGGCUACAGCUUGAAUGCAGCAAGUGGCAAAAGUGACUUUGUCUCAGAGAAGGCAUCUAAAGAAGCAUUUAGGUUCCAAGAGGGCACAGGUGCCCCCUCAGGGCAAGACAAUCUCCAGGUCAUGCCUGGAGAGGAAAGACCAACGAUAAUGGACUGUGGAGUGAAUCGGACCAGCGGCAGUGAAACACAUCAGUUCAUAAGGACGGAUGGGUCAUCUGUGUUAAACUUUGAAUCACUUGACAUCAGUAACUGCACUGACACGCAGCAGCUGUUUUUUGCACAGGAAGCCAUGGACUGCACAAAGGCCUUGUUAGAGGAUGAGGAUCUAGCUGGCCAGAGUCGGAACAUGAUUUCAGAAAAGUUGCCACUUCAUGAUAAUCCCAAAUCCAGCAAAGAAUCUGGAGAGACACAAAAGACAAGUGGGAAAAGAUCAGCAAAGGAUUCAGAUAUGACUGGUCAGCCUCCCCUGAAACGACGAUUAUUGGAAGAAUUUGAUAGAACCGUGGAUAGUCCAAGAGGGUCAACACUCCAUCCUGCAAAAAGUUGUCCAGAUGGUGUAACAACAGACAGGAGGGUUUUCAAGUUUAGUGUCUCUCUUCAUCCAAAUAUCACCAGGCCACACGGAGAUGGGAAACCCUAUAUGGAAACUGGAUUGCAGAAGACAGAGCCAUUGUUGUCAAAACCAAAUCCAACCCCUGGAGAAAGUGGACCUUUACACUCCAAGAUAUCAGUGUUUGUUCCUCCAUUCCAAAAGAAAGUGAAGGCACAGACAGUCAACAGCAAUGUGCCAAAGAACAAAGCAGGAGCACCUGUGUUUGUCCCACCAUUCAAAAAACAAAGAACUGCUGUCACAGAGAGCUCACCUUUGCUGCAGACCACAGAGGGUAAAUGCCACCACCUCCAUGUAAUGCCUCCUAAAACCAACACGUGCGUCCCACCCAAUAAAACAUCAAAAAUCCUUACAGAAGAAAUUGAUAAUCAAGGCAAUGAAGACACUCAGACAAUGGCCUUAGUGGACUCUGGCAGUCUUCAGAGUGGUGAAAACCCUCCUGUUGGCCAUGGAAAAAAGGAUUCUGUUGCAGAAGCAUCAGACAGAUUAUCUACAAACCAAGAAAUGAUUGCAAACUUUGAGCUUGCACGGGAUAUGCAGGACAUGAGAAUCAGGAAAAAGAAGCGCCAGACCAUACGACCUCUGUCAGGGAGCUUGUUUCUGGCUAAAACCUCAGGGGUGGAUAGGAUCCGCCUAAAGGAUGCAGUAAAUGGUCAGCCCCCUGCCCAAUACACCCAAAAACAGCUCUAUGGAUAUGGUGUGCAUCGGCAUGUGACUGAAAUUACAAGUGACACGGCAGAAUCUUUUCGGUUCAGUUUCCAGCAGUUCUUCAGACAGGAAGUACUCGCUGACAGAGGUGGUGUUCAGCUUGCAGAUGGGGGAUGGCUGAUUCCCAGGAAUGAUGGGACUGCAGGGAAAGAAGAGUUCUACAGAGCUUUAUGUGACAGCCCAGGUGUGGAUCCUAAACUGAUCAGUGAGGAUUGGGUGUACAAUCACUACCGGUGGAUCGUGUGGAAACAAGCAUCCAUGGAGAGAUCUUUUCCAGCAACAAUGGCCGGUCUUUGUCUCAACCCUGAGCAAGUUCUCCUACAACUCAAAUACAGAUAUGAUGUAGAGGUGGACCACAGCCGUAGGCCAGCUCUGAGGAAGAUCAUGGAAAAGGACGACACAGCAGCCAAAACCCUGGUUCUGUGUGUUUGCGGAGUCGUCUCCAGGGGUCACGACCCAAGCAAAACGAGUCGUAAUGACAUCCAGACCCCACAAGGUGCUGAUUCCAAGGUUGAAAAUCCAGUUGCUGUUGUUUGGCUAACAGAUGGAUGGUAUGCCAUUAAAGCCCAGCUGGAUGUUCCCUUGACCGCCAUGCUUCACAAGGGUCGACUGGCCAUCGGUGGGAAGUUGAUCAUCCAUGGGGCCGAACUAGUGGGAUCCCAAGAUGCCUGCCCACCUCUAGAGGCACCUGAAUCUGUCAUGUUAAAGAUUUGUGCCAAUAGCAGCAGACCAGCACGAUGGGAUACUAAACUGGGAUUUCACAGGGACCCACGGCCAUUCCUGCUUCCUGUUUCCUGUCUGUACAGCAAUGGAGGGACAGUAGGAUGUGUGGACAUUGUCAUAUUGAGAAGCUACCCCAUACAGUGGAUGGAAAGGAAACCCGAUGGAGGCUUUGUGUUUCGUUGUGACCGUGCAGAGGAGAAAGAGGCAAGACGCUACAACAACAGCAAGCACAAAGCCAUGGAGAUUCUGUUUGCCAAGAUUCAAGCUGAAUUCGAAAAGGAGGAUAAAGGUAACAAACCUCGAGGUAGAAGACGGACUCUUAGUCGUCAGGAUAUUGAGAAUCUGCAGGAUGGAGAGGAAUUACAUGAAGCAGUGGAGAAUGAUCCAGCUUACCUGGAGGCUCGUUUGAGUGAGCAACAGUUGGAGACUCUACACUCCUACAGGCGCUCUCUGGCUGAGAAAAAGCAGGCGGAACUGCAGGAACGGUACCGUCGAGCCCUAGAUGAUGCACAGGAGAGCGAAUUGAACUGUCCCAAACGAGAUGUCACCCCUGUAUGGAGGCUCUGCAUUGCUGAUUCUAGGGACCAACUUGGCAGUGGUGUUUGCCUGCUAAGUAUUUGGCGACCUUCCACGGAUCUGCAGUCCUUCAUAAAGGAAGGAUGCCGAUACCGGGUCUAUAACCUCACCACUUCAGAAGGAAAGAGACGUGCUGGUUUCACAAGUGUUCAGCUCACUGCCACAAAGAAAACACAGUUUCAGGACCUACAGGCCUCCCAGGAGUGGUUAUCAGCACAUUUCCAACCGAGGAUAUCUGCCAAUUUUCUAGCUCUUCAAAAUCCAGAAUUCCACCCACUGUGUGGAGAGAUUGAUCUCGUAGGGCAUGUCAUUGCUAUCAUAGAUGGACAGGGUUCCUUUCCUGUGUUGUAUCUGGUUGAUGGGAAGCUGAAAUUUGUCAAAGUACACUGUUGCAGCAGUUUGGCACAGACUGGCUUGGAAGACGUGGUGAAGCCACUGGCGUUGUUGGCUCUAAGCAACCUUCAGCUCAGAGCUCAGUCCUCCUCUCCCAUUCCCACCCUGUAUGCUGGAGAUCUAACAGUCUUCUCUACAAACCCAAAGGAAGCACAUCUACAGGAAGCUGUCACGCAACUCAGAAACCUGGUCCAGGAGCAUGAGAACUUCUUUACAAUUGCUGAGGAGAGGCUUUCGCAUUUUGUCCGUUCCGACAGUCUGAGCUCCAUCCCUUCUCCAGCUCUGCAACCGAGAACUCCAGGCCAUAGAACAGACAGAAAACCAGAUACAAGAACCAGCUUGACAUUUCAGCAGCCAGCCAGAAGCUUUGGAUCUUUCACGCCUCUGAGCAGGAAAACCCCUCCUGUAAACUCUUCCUCAGAAAAAGACCCCAAACUUCUGAAGAGGAGGAGAGCUCUGGAGUAUCUUUCUCAUGUCCCCUCCCCACCGCCGCUCUGCCAUCUGGGCACAGCGGCGGCUUCUCCGUGUGUAAAUAAGACCUUCAAUCCCCCUCGGAGAUCUGGGACAGCUAGCACUUUAAAAACUGCACAGACGCCAGUUCGCAAACCUGUUGUGUUACCUCCUGACGAUGAAUGGGUGAACGAUGAAGAGCUCGCUAUGAUUGACACUCAAGCAUUGCAUGGUGGAGAUUUGAGCCGAUAGACUGUAGGAUGAUGGAUGUACUGUGUGCUUGUAAAUAUUGUUCACAUGAAUGACUUGGGGAGGGGGGGAGUUCUGCAUGGACAGAAAGGUGGUUUCUUUGAUUGUUUUGUUGUCUUCAUUAAAGAGAUA